UUUCUCUAGCGCGUAUGGGCGCAGUCUGGCUGAGCUUGCCUUGUCUAAUGCGCGCUGCGCGGAAUAUAUCAACGCAAUAUAUACAGCACACACGUGAGUGCAUAAUUAAUAUGCAUAAUUAUAUGCAGACUAGAGAGAACGUACCUUCUGUGGAUGGGUCAUAUAAUUCCAAAAAUUGUUACUCCUGAGUUUUUGAUCAUAUUCACUGAACUGCAACAUACUAUUGCAUUAUGAUUGUAGUCUUCUUCAUCAUCGCGAGCAUCUUCGUAUUGACCGGAUAUGGGAACGUGGUCGAUGUAGAAUACACAGCGGAUGUCUUGGAUCUCUUUGGAGUGCACGUUAUGACAUCACCAAACAACCCUUUUGAUUUCGAUGUCGUGCCUCCUAUAGCAGCACCGAAUCAAAACGAGUUCAUUCUGAGGUUCCGGGUCAGGUCUGGAGCUGAUACUCAUGUUGCUCUCUCGACCAACGGUCGACAAGAGAUUUAUGAUAUCGUUUUCGGAAGGAACAGGAACCGGUACACAGCCGUGAGUCAAUGUUCCAAUAGUGGAUGUAACGAGUUAGGGGCAGUUAAAAUGCCAGAUGCCGUCAGCUUUUAUCAGAUCCAAGAUCUGUGGAUAGGAUACGACUACUCUCAACGUAUCAUACAGGUUGGUCGAGGAGCAGACAGCAUCCCGAGGCUUGAAGUGGUGGUUCCUACACCUCUAAGUCUGGCUGAACUUGGAUUCAGUACAUCUGGUGGUACCGAGGGAUACUGGUGGUUACCCGAUGAUUACCUAGUCCAAAGCUGCGGGUCAUUGUUGUACGAGACUGAUGGGAUAUAUUCACAUCGCUAUACCCUCCCUGUCAUACCCCGGUUAUCUUCUAGAAGUUUCGAGUUCGAUUUUUACGUCAUGGCCCUCGCCGAUGUCCAUAUCCUUCUCGCAUCAGAGGUAGAGUUAUCAGACGAUGAACCGGCGUACGAGAUUGUGCUUGGCAGUGCAUCGAAUACUGAGUCUGAGAUCCGUCGAUGUAAGCUUACAAUCGAGUGCUGUCCAUCUAUUGCCUCCGCUCAAACACCCCAAAUAUUGAGCGAAGUAGCACUCUUGAAAUUCACUAUCAGAUAUAAUUAUGGACUGUUGAAGAUAUUCUCUGGUGAUGAGGAGACACCCUUUCUCAGUGUCCUUGACCCCUCCCCCAUCUCAGUACGAACUAUCGCCUACUCAACAGGACCUAACAAUGGGGGCAUCUUUGAGUUUCCCUCAAAGGGUAUUACGUCAGGUUUAUUGACGUUCGACACCGAAGCGGAUAGCCCUUUCAACCUUGACCUCCCUCUCGUACCCGUGGAAAAGGCUUACAAUGUAAAUUUUACAUUCCUCGUCAAAGCAGAAAAAUCUGUGGUCAUUGUCUUCUCACCUGUAAUCAACAUCAAUGAAUACAGUGGACUGCUCUAUGAGAUAGUGAUCGGCGGUUUGAACGGCCUGACGACCAUACGUUUAUGCUCGGAUUGCGACACAUCAGCAAGUGUUGAGGACCAUCAACCCCUCAAUCAGAAUGAAUUCCGUCGCUUCAGGAUCAAUUUCUACGAUGGAUACAUCAACCUGUUCGAGGAGCGGAGAGAUCAGCCAACACUCUACUAUCAAGAUACCAACCCUCAAGGGGUGAGGGCUGUCGGCUUCACCACCCGUGAUGGGGCAACAGGACGUUUUGUUUUCUCCACCUGCAAUCUAUACUAAUGAAACUGAACGGUGAUGGUCUGUUUAAUAUCUCUUUGGUCUGUUGGUCAACUUGGGUCAUUCGGGUCAAACAAAAUGUAUUUCAGUGCCACAGGAAAAUGUUUUGUUGCAGAGAAUUCGUUUAAAAAAAAUAUGAUGAAAGAGAGAGAGAAAGAAAGAGAGAGAUAGAAAAAAAUGGGGGAAGGGAGCGUUGGUAAAGUUGUAUUAAGGAUUUAGAAUUAAGACAGUGAGUAGAUACCAAAAUAUAGUUGUUAUAAAUCGUAAUUAAUAAUAAUCGUACUAUAUAUACCGGUAUAUUUUUUUGAAGC